UUUGGUCAAAAUUUGAUCCUCCGCUUGGAAUUAUAAAUCACAAUUGGCGGUGUAGUCGUUCUAGUUUUCAUGAAAUUGAUCCACAACAAUUUCAUUCCGUCUUCCAUUCUCUCCUCAUCUUUAUCGAAUCGUAAUUCAAAUCGUCUGCGCCAAUUCGAGGCAGAGAAUGUGUGGCCACAUGUCCCCUUGGCCAUGAGACGAUUCCCUGCGAAAAUAAUCCCCAAUUUCCAAUCGUCAAGCGUUUACCCUAAAUCGAUCAUGGCCAGCGACGGAGCCAGAGAAACCCAAUCAGUUGAUUUGCAGAGGACAGGCGUGGAGGAGAAAGAAAAGAAAGAGACAGAGAAGGCCGUGAAAUUGCCGCCGCCGCCGGAGAAGCCGUUGCCGGGGGAUUGUUGUGGGAGUGGAUGCGUCCGAUGUGUGUGGGACGUGUAUUACGAAGAGCUUGAAGAUUACAAUAAGCUUUGCGAGAAAGGUUCGGCGUCCAAUUCUUGAGAUUCUGAAUCGUCUUCUUCUUCCGAGCCCUAAUUUUAAUAAGAAAAAUGUGUAUCC